GUUGUCAGCUGGGAUCACAACAAAUGUGAAAUGAUUCUAACAUAUUUAAAGCGAACGCUAACUGAUACUCUUAGAUAAUAUCGCACUCACCCUGCUGUUGAAUCUGUUAAAACAGAUUUACAGGGUUUCAGUGGAAGGCGGCAUUAACUGGCAAGUCGGUCAUUCCACGUUUGGAAAGUAAUUCAUCAUCUCUGGUGCUUAAUCCCACUGUUAGUAUGAAUUUACCUUCUUUUCCUAAUACAUGUGGAUAUCCUCCUACAUGAAACAGUUAAUCCUCCUCUGGAUUUACUCGGACGUAGAAGUGAAACCGGAGUUUCCUGUUUCUCAUUUCCUCAAAAUCUUGCGCUGCUGCCACAACGCCUGCCUUAAAAGUAUGAAACAGGGACUGAAUCGGCAUUUCUGAAGAGCAGAAGCUACUGGAAGUGAAUCUGUCUGAAGUUCAGAUGCCACAUGUGAUAAGCAACAGCAGGAUUUGAUUCUUGAAAGAUGUGCACCCCUCGUUCCUGUCUCCUAUCAUGGACCCUUGUCAUGUGUUGUUUAAUGAUGGGACCGAAACACUGCAUGGCCUUCGAGAAGCAAAAUUCCUGCCGUGUGCUAGAUGGCAGAGCUGACUGCAGUCACCUCAGCCUCGGAGAAGUUCCUCCAGAUCUUCCCGGGAACAUCUUCAGCUUGGACGUAUCUCACAACAGAUUGGUGAGAAUUCCUCCUGCGUCAGUAAAGCUGUACCCAGGCCUCAUCCACCUCGAUGCCGGCUACAACAGCAUCUCCAAGCUGGACGAGGGUGUGUGCCAGACACUGCCUCUGCUGCAGACACUGAACCUGAAACAUAACCAAGUGCAUUUGCUGAAGAAAGAGGAUCUGAGACAUUGCAGCAAUCUAACAUGGCUGAAUAUGGCCAGCAACAGGCUAAAGCUACAAGGAGAGACGUUCUCUGCACUGCAGGAACAUGGAGGAAAGUAUCUCAUCACCAGAGUGAAGAGCCUGAAAUUUCUCGAUGUUUCCAAAAACCAACUGCAGUCAGCCAAGCUCGGCUUGGAGCCUCAACUGCCCCAGUUAGUGAAACUCAAUCUGGGAUUCAACGACUUCACGGUUCUGAAGAGAGACGACUUUUCCUUCCUCAACCAGUCGUCAUUCCUACAGGUCCUCAACCUGUCGUCGGUGUCUCUAAAAACAUUCGAGGCCGGUUGCUUUAAACCCAUCUCAGGCCUUCGUACUUUAAUCCUGGAUGAGAGCAAAAUGGGCACUCUGGUCAUUUCCAAGCUCUGCUCUGUGCUGUCUGGGACUGCCAUCGAUGUCCUGUCCCUGAAGAAGAUGAAACUGAUCACACUGACAAAUGCAACCUUCACAGGACUGAUGAAAACAAACCUAACCUUCCUGGAUCUAUCCGGUAAUGGCAUGAGCAAAAUUGAAGAAGGCUCAUUCCAGUGGCUGUCCAGACUUCAGACUCUCAUUAUGUCAGACAACAACCUCAAGCGUUUGACCAAGAACACCUUUCAGGGGCUCAAAAGUUUAAAAAAACUCCAACUGACAAAAGCACUGGUGAAAAGUCGCAGCUCCCCCAUCCCCAUUAUUGAGGAUUUCUCUUUCCAACCAUUAAGUGCUCUGGAGAGUUUGAUAUUAGAGACAACUUCAGCUCAGGAGAUCACAGAGAACACCUUUACAGGCCUGACAAGUCUUACAGAACUCGAUAUGAGCUGGAGUAGUUACGCAUCACUCAAAAUCAUUACCAAUAAGACCUUAAUCUCACUUGCAGAUUCACCAGUUAGAAAGCUAAAUCUGAUAGGAACAGCUUUAACCCAAAUAAAAAACGGAAGCUUCUCUUCUUUGAGAAACCUCACAGUUCUUCUUUUAGAUCACAACUUCAUCAACCAAAAUCUCACCGGCAGAGAAUUUGAAGGCCUAGAUAACAUUCAGGAGAUUUACAUGAGCUACAACUACCAGUCGGUUACCCUGAGCUCUAGAUCAUUUGUUAAUGUACCCAGUCUUAGAGUCCUGACUUUGGGAAAGAGUCUUAGAGCCGAAGCUUUGAACCAGGAUCCGUCUCCGUUCAGGUUCCUGACCAACCUUAACAUCUUGGAUCUGAGCAACAACAACAUCGCUAACAUCAAAGAAAACAUGCUGGAGGGGCUCGUGAACCUGAAGGUACUGAAACUCCAACACAACAACUUAGCCCGGUUGUGGAAGAGUGCCAACCUCGGUGGGCCGGUGUUUUUUCUCAAACAUACGCCAAACCUGAUAAACUUGCAGCUGGAUUCGAACGGAUUUGAUGAGAUUCCUCUGGAGGCUCUCAGAGGUUUGACAAACCUCACUGAGCUCAGCCUCAGUAACAAUCUCUUAAACAGCCUGAAGGACUCGGUGUUUGAUGAUCUGACCUCACUGCGUUUUUUUCGUUUGCAGAAGAACCUGAUCACAACUGUGAGGCCCGAAGUGUUCAAAAUCCCUAUGAGCAACCUCACCGUGCUCGUCAUGGACAAAAAUCCAUUUGACUGCACAUGUGAGAGCAUCCUGUGGUUCACGACAUGGUUGAAUAACACAAAUACGACCAGUGUUCCAGGACUCAAGGACCAGUAUAUGUGCAACACCCCGCUAGCUUACUUUAACCACUCCAUCAUGGAUUUUUACCCGCUCUCUUGCAAAGAUAUGACCCCAUUUCAGGCUCUUUACAUACUGAGCAGCACCGCUGUCAUCUCGCUAAUUGUGAUGGCACUUCUGGUGCGCUUCCAUGGCUGGAGGAUUCAAUUCUAUUGGAUUAUACUGAUCAAUCGCACAUUAGGGUAUAGUGACGCCACAGUUGAAGAGGGCAGAGAAUUUGAGUAUGAUGCUUAUGUCAUUUAUUCAGAGCAGGACGCCAAUUGGGUGGAGAGGAGACUGGUCCCUCUGGAGAAUGAAAGGUGCUGGUUUUGUUUGGAGGACCGAGAUUCAAUUAUUGGCAUGCCACAGCUCGAAUCCAUCAUGGAUAAUAUGAACAAGUCCAGAAAAAUCUUGUUUGUCGUCACUGAAAGUCUUCUCAAAGAUCCCUGGUGCAGACGGUUUAAAGUCUACCAGGCCCUUCACCAGGUCAUCGAAGCCAGCAGGGACUCGGUUGUUUUGGUCUUUCUGCAGGACGUGCACGACUACAGGUUAUCUCGCUCCCUGUUCCUCCGCAGAGGCAUGCUGCGUUCAUGUUGCGUCCUGGACUGGCCUGUCCACAAGGAGAGGAUACCGGCCUUUCACCAGAAGCUCCUUAUUGCACUCGGCAUGACAAAUCGACUGCAGGAGUGACCGUUUUUCCAAGAAUUACUAAUGUUUGUGCAGUUUUUAAAUGCUUCUAAUUGCUGAUUGCUUUACCCACUGUGUGACUAUUAUGCAUAUAUAUGACCUGUAUACUGCAAGAGUUAUAUUGCAUUUGAAGGAUGUCGCAGCUUUACAUACAAACUCCAAUGAAACAACAUGAAUAUUUAAACUAGACCUUUGAACUUUCUUUCAUUUACUUAUAUACUAACCAUACAGCCAUUAUUUAUUGCCGUUUGGUCAUUUGCUGUAUUUAUAAUGUCCACCCUGACAUUUCUAGAAUGAAAGUCUAUCCCAACCACAUUUUAAAUUAUGCAAUUAUGCAAGUGUUUCUACUCAUGUUUGCUGUAGAAUAUUUGACACAAACAGCAACCACGUUGGCCCUAGUUUAACCUAAAGCAGAGAUAUAAUGAUAAACCAUGCAUUUCAAAGGUAAUAGCAGUAUUUAGUACUCUGACAUGAAGUAAUUUGUUGAUUUUACAUUGUAAUCUUGGUACUACAGAGGCCACUUCCGAGGGGGAAAAUUCCACUCCAUUCAGUCUGAUUUAAAAAAAAAAACACACAACAAAAACACAACAUACAUACACUUUAUAUUUUCGUCAUACUGUGUAUGAUGACAAUAAAGCCAUUCUAAUUCUAAUUCUAAUUCAAAAUUCUCUUGCCCUGACAUCUAGUGGUUAUAAGAAGAAAUUACAGGGGAGAGAGCAGUUGUGUUGCUGGCUUCCUUCAACAUGGUAAGCUCAUGGAAAAUAUGUUGAGUACUAUUUGUUAAGUUAUAUACUGACUUGAAAUGAGUAAACAUUGAAGCAACUUCCAUGAAGCAGUCCCUUAUGUUAUAAGAGUUGUUUUUAAUUACAAAGCGUUUGACAUACUUUUAAAAAUUAGUGAAAAAUUUUAAAGUAAAAUCUGUGUAUUUAGUUGCCUUGAAAUGGUUCCAAAGAAUCUGCAAGAUGCACAAACAAAAAGAAAAAAAACUACAAAAAUGCAGCAUAUUGCUCAGCAGAGUGGUAGCUAAGAUUUGAUCACGACAAUUUUGUUAAGUCCAUAUGCAUCCCUGCCACUCCUGAGAGAAGUUUUGUUAAGAAAGCAUUUUUAAAUUACUCAUGUGUAUCAUAUUUAUUUAAAUCAAUUAAGGAUUCAGUUAUACUUUCAGCAGACUUGAAGGUUAUUUACCAGCAGACUGGGCAGGAUUAUUGUUUUUUCCUGACAGGAGUCAAACUAAACAUAUUAGGUAUAACAGUAAUGGAAUCACCAAUAAAAAUACCCACUAUAUGUACAUUUCUUCUUUUUUAUUUGCACAAAUGCAAACUAGGAUGAUGGAUAAAAUCAUAACAUUCAUAACGAAUGAAUGAAUGAAUAAACUUGCAGUUUCAGCCCUAAA